UGAAACGCGGACGCGUGUGGACGUCGUUUUGCGCGGUACCCGCUUCGAAAACAGUUUGAAAAUCCGAAACGGUUCUGUUCGAUUUGAUCGGAUUGUUUGGUUGAUUCGAAACGAAUUCUCGGGCCGUGCAUGUGUGAAAGUGAAAACGAAAUUAAGAAUCAAAAUGAGCACGGUGCAUGAGUUUCCUUGACGUUCGCUUCGGAAAAUCCAUCUCAAGAAAACAAAGAGCGUGCGAAAGCAGAAAGGCCAAUUUUUCACCCAAAAGGAAUAUUAAAUAUCCAGUCGAAAUGUCCGCUAAGACGUCCCCAUCGUCCACUUCUCGAGAUGCCAACGUGGGAUCCUCUAGUGCGAUUCCCGUUCAGAUCAAGAAAGAACUGCCCAGCGACGAGAUAAAGGAAUUCGCGCACAACACCAUGAACGAGCUGCUCGGCUGGUAUGGAUUCGAGGGUGUGGAUGUGGAUCGUCUCGACCUGACAGCCAAGACAUCGCGCCUGCUGCAGAGUGCCGCUGCCGCCGCGGUGGCCAGCCAACAGCAGCAGCACCACCAGAGUCACCAGAACCACCAGCACCACCAGAUGGAGCAGCAUCCCAGUCUGGAGAGGAAGCGGGGCAGUCUGUUGCGCAGUAGUCGCAGUUCUUUGGCGGCAGCCUAUCACAAUAACAACAAUAAUGCCAGCAGCAACAAGAACAAUGGUGGAGUCGGCGGGGGCGGUACGAGCGGUGGGAGUGGCCGGAAGGGCGGUCUGCUGAACUGCAGUAGCACCACCACCACGCCCUCGGACCACGACACUCGCAGCUCUCGGGAGGAGGACUCCAAGAGUCCGCACUCCAUCGGGAAACCAGCGGGAGUACCGCAGACGGAGGAGAAAAUAGACUUCAGCAACUGCUGCUGGUGCCAUCGACCGAUCGCGGAGAAUGCGCCGGAUUACCUGACCAGUUGCGACGGACCGCGAUACUGCUCCGAAUCCUGCUUCGCCCAGAGCCGGAGGGCGUCCUUCAAGAAGGCCAAGACCUGCGACUGGUGCAAGCACGUCCGCCACGCGGUGAGCUACGUGGACUUCCAGGAUGGCGCCUCCCAGCUGCAGUUCUGCUCGGAGAAGUGCCUCAACCAGUACAAGAUGCAGAUAUUCUGCCACGAGACGCAGGCCCACCUCGACAUGCAUCCGCACCUGAGGGAUCAGGCUCUGGACGCGGGCAGCGAGGCAGGUCUGAUUACGCCGGACCUGUGGCUCCGCAACUGCAGGAGUCGCUCGGCCUCGCCCGCUUCCACGCUAUCGGUGUCUCCGGGUCCACCUGCCAUCCCAGCGGCGCCCAGUCGCUGCCCAGACUCGCCACCUAGUCAUCAUCCCAGCAAACCCCUGAUCUCAGUGGCUCCCGUCUCGAAGUUGCUGGCCCAGAAGAGUCCUGGCCCAGCCGGAGUACCGCCUCCACCGCCGCCGCCUGCCCAGCGUCAUUUGGGCGCCAAGAUGGGUCGCCGGAAGCGGCGAGGCCUCUCCUCCUCCUCGGGAUCGGAAACAGUUGCCAGUCUGCUGCAGAAACAGCAACAACACCAGCAGCAGCAACAUCAGCAGCAGCAGCACCAGCAACAUCAGGCGACUCCCACUUUAACGGCUGACUUUGCGGGUUCCAGUGUUCCACUGCCACCUCUAUCGCCCAUGCCAAGUGUCCAGGAGUCACCACCACAGCAGCAGGCUCCUCCUCAGGUGCCACCACCACAAGCUCUUCCACGGGGACCCACGGCCAUUCCGGCCAGCUACUUUGCUACGCCUUCGAACGGAGUGCCCAUGGGCCAUCCAUUCGUGGGACGUCCUCCACCGCCGCCGCAUCACUUUAUGCAUCCUCCGCCGCAUGGUAUGAUGCCCCGUGGAUUUGGUCCUCCCUUUGGGCCCCCUCUUCCUCCACAAAUGCCCGAGCUAGGAUCCCUGUUGGGUGCUGUUCCGCCGGUGACCGUCAUGGUGCCCUAUCCAAUCAUCAUCCCCCUGCCCAUACCCAUACCUGUUCCGCUGCCAGUGAUGGAUUUCUACAAGGCUCACCUAACUCCCGAGCAGAGGAAGCGUUUCGACGAGGAGCGGGCUGCCCCGAGCAGGCAGGAAACCCAAGGAGAGCAAGAGCAACCACUGGAACCGCUGGACUGCAGCAAAACCAGAAGUGAGCUGGAGGAGGAAAAACCAGAAGUGGAGAAACCAAAGGAGCCCCGCGAGGAGUUGGACAACGAUCAGGAAGAGGAUGACAAGGAAUCCAUACCAAAGACAAAUCCAGACAGGGACACCACCCCGGCCUCGCCAUCAAUCUCGCAGGAGUCGUCGUCUUCGCCUCAGGAGACGCACUGCAUCGUGCGGGAUUCGGCGCAAUCCGAGCCGGAGGCGGACAGCCAGAAGCUGCCCAAGCUGAAGAUCACGCGGCUGCAAACCAAGCGGACGCUCAUCCAAACCAAAGAGGCGGCGGCCGAGUGCAGUCGACCGCUGCGCAAGCGCAAGAGGAUCAUCGACUGCGAUUUCCAAAAGAUGGCCGUCAAGGAACCGGAAGUGGCCACAGAUGGCUCCCAGAGCAACGGCAGCAGCGUCAAGGAGGCGGAUCCGGAUGAAGAGUGCAAUACGAGCAGCAACCACAGCAGCAGUGGGCACGCUAAAGUUAAAAAGUAGAUGUAUAACUUAGGUUUUACCCUUAAAAAGUAGUAGAAUGUAUUUAUCUAUGUAUGUGAGAGCGUGUGUCAGUGUGUAUGUGUAAGCGGAAGCGGAAAUGGAGUCCGGAGAAAGAAAUAGAGAGCUAGCGGAAGGCACAAAGUGCAUGCGGUAAUUAAAAUUGAAUCUUAAUAAACUAAAAUAUAACUUAUUAAAGGAA